ACGCCCACCGACCUCUCAAACAUCGAUACGCUCCGGGAGUCUUGCCGCACUCCCGACCACGCUCGCAUGUGGGCACCGGGCGAUUUCGUGCCGGCGCACCUCCAGACAGCCGCCGAUUUCUGGAGCGAGGAGAUUCUGCUAGAAACGGCCGAGAGUGACAGAGCCACCCUUUUAGGUUGGGUGGAAGGCGUGAAUCUCCACGAUUUCAUAGACAAAAACUCGAGGGGCGUGUUCCAAGGCCUGGCGUAUGAUGGGUCCGACAUCACCGCAGCGCACUUUCCAAACCAUGUUCCCGACGAGCAUGCGGCAUGGGUUACAAGUGAGGUCGCCGCACUGGCUGCGACGGGGUGUAUCGCGAAAUGGCGAGACGUAGCGGACGUGGCCAUUCAUCCCAAGCCUCACUUGGUGCUCCCACUAGGAGUAGAGCCGAAGAAACCUCGGCUGAUUUGGGACGCUCGAUGGUUAAAUCUCAUGUGCCUCCACAGCCCUUUCAGCAUGGAUGGCGUAGGCAAGGUCGCUCAAUGUGCGUGGCAAGGAGCUCACCAAGUCACUAUUGAUCAUAAGGCAGGGUACCACCACGUCGCUCUUGACCCUGACUCGUGGCAGUAUUUCGGUUUCGAAUGGGAAGGCGAGAUGUACGUGUUUACAGUACUCGCUUUCGGAUGGUGUUCGGCCCCUUUCAUUUACUCCUCUCUUUCGGAAGCGGUAGCUCGGUACUUGCGAGCCAGGGACAUCCCCGUACUCACAUGGAUAGACGAUUUUUACCUGACCAAUUUCAGGUCCACCCGGAUGCUUAGUUCAAAGGAGCAAUUUCAGGCCGCCCUGACUGCUGCGUACGUAGCUCUAGAGGUGUUCUACCGAGCGGGCUACUUCCUUUCGAUCAAAAAGUCUGAGCUCUCUCCUACCACUUGUCUGGUUUUUCUCGGCAUUAUCUGUGAUGCCGAGCGCGGGCGUUUUGAAGUCCCCGAAGACAAACUCGCCAAACUCGAUGCAAUCCUGACCGACGCCAUCUCUUCACAAGUGAUUUCUUUUCAGAUGUUAGAGAAGCUCGUGGGCAAGUGCGUUAGCCUUUCCGUAGCGGUCCCUGUCGCGGCUCUCUACACGCACCAUAUGUAUAAAAGCCUGACCGUUUAUCAGCGUACGGGGGGCCGUAGACCCAACAUGGACAUCGACAUCUCACCUAAUGGGGGUCUUAUGUUCGAGAUGCAGCGUUGGUUGGAAGUGCGCAAGAAGUUCAACGGUGCCUCAUGGUACCGCGCUGAACAUAAACUGCUGUCUCUUACGGGGGCGUCUGACGCCUCGUCACGUGGAUGGGGCGGACUCAUUAGGAGCCCUGGCCAGCCGAUUUUCAAGGCAGGAGGAGAUUUCCCGCCACAGAUGGCGCACGAACAUAUCAACGUGCAAGAGGGCUACGCUUUGCAGCAGCUGUUGCAUCUGUUUUCUGACGACCGCCCCACCCGUCUCGCGGGGUCGACACUCGUUUCGGACGUCGAUAGUAAGGUUUUGCACGACGCAUUUCGACGAGGUCGUGCCUCGAAUACUCUCAUGCACGACGUGAUUACGGAUCUGUUUUGGUUACAAAUCGAGCAAGAUUUCACGCUUAAGCUCCGAUGGGUGAGCUCUAAGGCGAACGCAGAGGCCGACCGUAUCUCCAGGCCGGGGUCGGACGACUUUGUUAGGAUCGACGAGCAGACGUUUGGCGAGUUGUGUCAGUGGGCAGGGGAGACGGUUACCAUGGACCUGAUGGCCACGCCGGCAUCCGUUCAUAAAACGUGGGACGCUCGCGGAUGCACGGAAGCGGAUUUGCCCUUUUAUUCUCGCUAUCACACUCCCGGUUGCGCAGGAGUGGAUGUGCUUACGCACGAUUUGAGGUUCAUGCCGGGGUCAGCGACACAAGAGUGUUUCGGUUUCUGUUUCCCGCCAACCAGUAUGGUCGGAGUGUUUUUGCAGCAUCUUGAGGAAUGCCAGGCGCGGGCAAUAGUGGUAGUCCCCGACCACAAGCAGUAUUGGUUCCCUCGCAUGGCGAGUGCUGCUCGCAAAUCGCGGAAGUUGUCGGUCUGUGGAGGUGUGUCCCCUUUCUUUCGAGUGCACCACCAGCGAGGGUCAGAGCGCUUCCAUUUCAAGCGAUGGGACAUGGUGGCGGUCGUGGUUGAUUUCACCAAACAUUAAAGAUGCGAGAUUUUUCCGUUCGUCGCCUGGACUAGCUAAAAUUGCGUGCAUGGUCAUGCUCAAUUGAUGCUUUUCUCUCAUAUAUAUCACAUUUAUUUUAUCAGGCCAUCAAGACUAUUUUCAACGCCCUCGCCAUCAUCGCGGACAUCCUAGCAGCGGUCGUUCGUCCUAGGAAAGAGGUCAACAACCAGAGGGAUAUCUCUUGUCCGCUCAUCAGAAUGUCGGCGUCGACGGCACGGGUUCUAUGCCCGCAAUGCUAUGGCGAAAAUGAUGAGCCCUUUCGUUUCUGCCAGUGGUGUGGACAGUCGGUGUUACAAAAACAGACUUGCACGAGUAUUCCGCUAAAGCUCAAUGAAGAGGCCAUCUCAAAACGGUUCUCGCAGUUCACCACUGCAUGCGCAGCAAAAGCAUCCGCGAAGAGUAGGUCCGCUACAUGGGCUUUGUUUAGCAAGUUCUUAGCAUCUAGAAAGCAUGGCGCUGUUCCCAUUGAACGCGCCCAACCCACAGACGUAGUGGAGUUCCUGUGCUGGUUGGACUCUAGUGGUACGCGACGACGAACUGUGGUUCAUGCUCGAAAUUGCGCAGCGGUCGGUACCAAGGACCUCGCCUCAUGUUCCACGGAAGAAGGGGAGUGUAAUCUUCGUUAUGCUUUCGACUCGCUUCGCACAAACCAUGUCUCGAAGUUAUCAAUGGUAUUUGAGAAAGAGUUGGGAGUGGUCAUACCGUGGAGUAGUACCUUACAGGUCGGUAACCCGGUGCGAAGCGAGCUCGUCGCGCAAUACAUGUCUUUCACUACGAGCGAACAAAAGCAAGCAGGCGUAGUGGUCAAACAAGCGCCUGUGGUUCUCAAGGGCCAUCUCGAACGGAUCAUAUUCCCGAUGCAGGUCAAGCUACAGAACGCAUCCACGGAUAUGGAACGGCUUACGCUAGCGAGAGAUCUGACUUUCUUUGCGGUAGCUUUCAGUACCACCAAGCGAGGAGCGGAACUCAUGAACAUCCUGAUUCAGCGUAUCCUCAGACUCCCGAACAAAAGCGGGCUCAUGUGUAAUUUUCAGUGGGGUGGGCUGGGAUAUGACAUCAGGGUACCUUUUCUCAGAUGUCUCCAUGGGAACACAUGGUGAAGCGUUAAGGGGUAGUUUGCCUGUAACGACCACUACGAUGUCCUGCGCGCUCAAGCAAUACGCAAUCGCAGCGGGCGAGACACAAGAGUUUUCUCUACACUCCUUUCGCUCAGGAGGAGCAGUGUCACGAGCCUUGGCAGGAGAUUCGCUGUCGACCAUCAUGCAGAGAGCAUACUGGAAGAGUCCAAACACGGCGUGGAGGUACAUGAGGCUCAUGGAGGUAAUUGCCCCCGGAUCGGAAGGAGCAAGCAAGAUCACGGGGGUCACGGAGGACCAGUACAGACAGCUGAAUGAGUUUGGUCUGAGCGAGCAAAGCCGGCAUUUGGCCGCAUUUAGCGGAAAGCCGUUGCUGUAAGGAAUGUUUUUCCGUUCGGACAAUUAAUUGUAAUCGUCCU